AUGGCAAGAUCACGUAGCGAAAUUCGGCGAUGGGAGGUCGAACACGAUGAUGACAGUUCCAGCUUACCUCCUUCGAAAGAGGUAGUGACCAGCUCUAGGCAUAAUGCGAUUGGAAUCAACGUCUUGCGCACAUGGCCAACGCUUUACGAUGGCACCAACACACCACAUGGUAUCCCAUCUUGGUGGAAGCCCCAGCAGGAGAUCGACGUGCUCAUCUGUGGAGCCGGACCCAGCGGCCUCGAAGUUGCCAUCAGUCUUGCCAGGCAAGGCGUGACUUUUCGUAUCAUUGACAAGGCCGAUGCUCCUCUCGUAGCAGGACGAGCUGAUGGCGUUCAGCCGCGAUUCCUCGAGACCCUGGCGACGUGGGGUCUUGCUCAGGAGGUCGCGGAAGAAGGACCUUUGAUCGAACGAACAGCCAUCUACAAGGACGGCAAGAAACUGCUGUUCGGUCCAUCUCACCAAUCAGAUUCCCGCUAUCGAGGCCUUCACAUCAUCACUCAAGGGCAAAUUGAGAGAAUCUACAUCCGCACGACUAUGAGCAAAUUCGAAAUCGACGAGCAUUCUUCUCAUCCGGUUCAUGCUAAGCUAUAUAACUCUCGCACUGGUGCGCGGGAGCUCGUCAAGGCGAAGUACUUGGUCGGCAGCGAUGGAGCUGCUAGUACGGUCCGCAAACAAUUGGGGAUCCCUUUCGAAGGCAUGAGCACAGACAUAUACUGGGGUAUCAUGGAUUGUCGUUACGAUUCGGAUUACCCUCAUGCUUUCGUCUUUGGCUCCGUCAUCAGCUCGAAGCAUGGUGGAUGUGUGAUCAUUCCCAGAGAGGACGGACUAUACACGCAAUUGGACGUUUCGAAGACUGGCCCCCUUGCUUCCUCCCGACAGGCCCAAGAUGCAUCGUUUGCGGAGUCUGGAGGCAAUGUCGACGUGCACAGCAUCACUCCUCAAGAGGUUCUUGAGCAGGCAAACAAGAUCUUCGCUCCCUACACGCUCAAGUUUGCAGCGCCGCUAAGCUGGUUCGCCGUUUGGAAAAUUUCGGAGCGAGUCGCAGAGUCCUUUUGUUCGCCAGACAAUCGCGUUCACCUCGUCGGCGAUGCUGCGCACGUUCAUAGCGUCAUGGGUGCCUUUGGCCUGAACGCCUCGAUUAUGGAUGCUGCCAAUCUUGCAUGGAAAUUGGGUCUUGUAACCCGUAACAAAGCGCGGCAUGAAGCUCUUCUGCCCACCUACACUGCUGAGCGGCGUCCCCAUGCAGUUCGUAUCAUCAAGGUCUCCGGCAGAUAUCUGCGGUUCGUGUGCAAUGUUGAUAUCUCGGUCGCUGCUUCGAUGCCCGAUGAACUGAAACCUGUAUCACUCGAGCAGGAACCCACGGGCGAGUCUCCGCAGAGGGACCUGCAACUUCUGGCAAGUUUUUUUCAAGGGAACGGCCCUUUCCUGCUUGGCGUGGAUGCACCAUACAAGGCUUCUGUCAUCAGCCCGUCUCUGGAGAAGGAGAAGCAGGUAGCCUUGAAUGUUCGCAACGGAGUGCGCGCACCAAACCCACGAGUCUGCUUUUCCGCCGCCGAGACAGGCUACCUGUACGACAAGUUGACAGGUGCAGCCACGUUCCACAUUGUGCUCUUCGCUUCGUCACUCCGUGGUCCAGUGCGUCAGGCUAUCAGCCAAUUUACUGAGUCCCUUAGUCCCUUGGGAUUCUACCAACGCUUUGGAGGUCCAUCGACGUUCAACAUUGUCGUGGUCGUGGAAUGCGUUCCAUUCGAGCUGGACGAGCUGUUGUCACCAGGAAUGGAAAAGCUGAAAAAGGUGGCCACCUUUGUGUUUGAUGACCGCGCACCUGAUGAGAAUGCACACACUAUGUGGGGCGCCGAUCGUGAAAAUGGUGGUCUAGCUGUGAUCCGGCCGGAUUUGUGGGUUGGUAUCACGGCACCGUUAGCCGAAGUAGAGACGUUAGAUAAAUACUUUGAAUCUUUCCUUCUUCCGAGCAUAGGGUAG